UCGAAUAUUGAAGCGUGACCCGUUUCCUUCUCUCUCUCUCUAGACUGAAGCACAUAGAUGCCGACAAAGACGAUGGAAAUCUUCCUGCUUAGCAAUUGAUCAGUUAAAUAUUCAUACUUAGCAGAGAUUAUUCACCGAUAGGCAGGAUAGCUGGAACAAUUUCUGAAACAAGAGGAAAUUGAAUUGAAAAUAUGAGGAAGCGAGAUUUAGCAAUUCUGAUGCUCUCAGCUUUCGCGAUUUUCUUCUCUCUCCAGCACGAGGGUGAUUUCUCGUUUAAAGAGGCGUGGUUCCAUCUUUCCGAUGAGUAUCCGAUAAAGUACGAGGGAGACCGCCUCCCGCCGCCGAUUGUCGCCGAUCUGAACGGCGACGGGAAGAAGGAGGUUCUCAUAGCCACGCACGAUGCAAAAAUUCAGGUUUUGGAACCUCAUUCAAGACGUGUGGACGAAGGGUUUAGUGAAGCACGAGUGCUGGCAGAGGUCUCUCUUUUGCCUGACAAAACCCGCAUAGCUACUGGUAGGCGUGCUGUGGCUAUGGCUACUGGAGUUAUUGAAAAGACUUACAAUAAAAGAGAAGCACGAAAGCAGGUCUUAGUCGUUGUGACAUCAGGGUGGUCCGUCAUGUGCUUCGACCACAACCUCAAGAAGUUAUGGGAAGAAAAUUUGCAGAAGGAUUUUCCGCAUAAUGCUCAUCACAGGGAGAUUGCUAUCUCGGUUAGUAAUUAUACAUUGAGGCAUGGAGAUGCUGGCUUGGUAAUUGUUGGUGGCAGAAUGGAGAUGCAGCCUCAUGUGCAUAUUGAUCCUUUUGAGGAGAUUGAGAUGGCUGAGAAAAAAGCCGAGGAUCACAGAAGAAGUGCCGCUGAAAAGGAUGAGUCUGAAAAUGCAGGAACAGUAGAUUUACGACACUUUGCGGUUUAUGCUUUUUCUGGCCGGAGUGGUGAACUGCGGUGGACCAGGAAAAAAGAGAACAUUGAGGCUCAAACAUCUGAUGCAGCACAAUUGAUUCCACAGCACAACUACAAGCUCGACGUCCAUGCAUUAAAUACCCGUCAUCCGGGAGAGUUUGAAUGCAGGGAGUUUAGAGAAUCCAUUCUAGGGGUCAUGCCACAUCACUGGGAACGCCGGGAAGACACUGUACUAAAGUUGGCACAUUUCAGGCGUCACAAGAGGAAAACACUGAAGAAAUUACCUGGCAAGUCAACUAACUACCCUUUGCACAAGCCUGAAGAAAAGCAAUCUCCUGGAAAGGAUGUGACGAAAAAGAUCUCCAAUGCCAUUGAAAAGACAGUUAACAUGGCUAAAUCAGCAAAAACAAAGAAAAAUAUGCCUUAUGUACCUACUAUAACAAAUUACACUCAGUUGUGGUGGGUACCUAAUGUUGUUGUUGCUCAUGAGAAGGAAGGGAUUGAAGCUGUUCAUCUGGCAUCCGGACGCACACUAUGUAAGCUGCAUCUUCAAGAAGGUGGACUUCAUGCUGAUAUUAAUGGAGACGGUGUCCUAGAUCAUGUUCAGGUGGUUGGAGCGAAUGGUGCUGAGCAGACUGUUGUGAGUGGAUCUAUUGAAGUGCUGCGCCCCUGUUGGGCUGUUGCUACAUCAGGCGUUCCAGUUCGGGAACAACUUUUCAAUGCCUCGAUAUGUCAUCACGCUCCUUUUAAUCUAUUCCAACAUGGGGAGUUCUCCAGAGGUUUUGGUCGACAUGCAGAUUUGAGUUCUUUGGAGGUCGCAGCACCCAUUCUGAUCCCAACAAAUGAUGGCCACAAGCAUCGUAAGGGAAGCCAUGGUGAUGUCAUCUUCCUAACAAAUCGAGGGGAGGUUACAUCAUACUCUCCAGGCUUGCAUGGACAUGAUGCCAUCUGGAAUUGGCAACUCCUGACAGGCGCUACAUGGUCGAACCUUCCAUCUCCAUCUGGGAUGAGUGAAUCUACUGUCAUCCCCACACUAAAGCCAUUUCCACUGCGCCAACACGACAGCCAGGAUUUGAUUCUUGCAGCAGGGGAUCAAGAAGCCGUCGUGCUAUCUCCUGGAGGAGCAUUGGUGACGAGUGUGAAUCUCCCUGCACCUCCGACACACUCUUUGGUUUGCGAUGAUUUCUCAAAUGAUGGGCUGACAGAUCUCAUUCUCGUGACCUCUAGUGGGGUGUAUGGUUUCGUCCAGACGAGGCAGCCAGGCGCUUUAUUCUUCAGCACGCUCGUGGGCUGCCUCAUCAUCGUGAUGGGGGUACUCUUCGUCUCCCAAUACCUAAAUUCCGGCAAGGGAAAGCCUCGUCUGUCGUCACAGCAAAUCUAGCAAACCUCACUAACAAGACAAAAGAUGUAUUUCUAUAGGGAAGGAACGAGAUGCCGGGAGUUCAGAUACAUCAUCCAUCCGUUGCCUGGUGAGCUUUUACAAAGCUAGCCAUGAACGGUAGAAAGGAUCAAUAUCUAUGUAUAAAUCUGUUUUGUGAGUAUAGAUGCGUCUGCAACAGUGAGAAUCACAUUUUGAGGCGAUUACUGACUAAUUAAUGAUACUACUUUAAUCUUCAAUCUACAUUGUUAUGCUCUUGCAUUUAGUUUA